AUGGCGCACCGCAUUGUCUCCCAAGUCAUCAUCACCGGAGCCCGGGUCUUCGGCCGCGCCUUCGGUGAAGCCUACAAGCAGGCCCAAGCCACCGGCAAACACAACGCCGGCAAGAAGGGAGGUUCUGCCUUCAGCGGUGGCUCCGGAAUCACCCUCGAUGAGUCCUACAAGAUCCUCAAUAAGCUGUUCGACCUGAACGAUCCCCAGAAGGGUGGCAGUUUCUACCUCCAGAGCAAGAUUCUGCGUGCGCGUGAACGGAUAGAGAUGGAAGUCCGUCAGACCCAGCGAAAGGCUGCGCAGGAUAAGGAAUUGAGUGAGGGUUGGAACCCCAAGGUCUACAAGGACCGGUGA